ACUCACAACUCACUCCCACAGUGAGACACUAAGAGGGAGAGAGGACUGCUGACUGUUGAGGUUGACUGAGGAAUUUCUCUCUCCUCCGUCCAGCUGUCUCCUCAGCGGACUGAAGCGGCUGCAGAGACUUGAACAAGGCACAGCUAUGUUGGGUGUUGUCCUCCUUCUAUCCUUCUCCUCCUUGGUGGUGCUGGUACCUCCUCCCAGUGCCCCUCCUGUGACCUGCAGGCACUGCUGUGAUGACAUGGAGCCAGAAGAGGGCAGUGCAGCUCAACCUCCCACGGAAUUGUUCAGCCAUGUGCCAGAGGUCCGCACCUACAUCAAUAUGACCAUCCUCAAAGGUGAUAAAGGAGAACGUGGUGAUAGAGGGACACCAGGUAAAGCUGGACAGGAAGGUCCUCCAGGCUCCAGGGGUCCCAUGGGCCCAAAAGGCAGUAAGGGCGAGGCAGGUCUCUCAGGAGACCCCUGCAAAGUCCAGAAUGCCGCCUUCUCCGUCGGCCGUCGUAAAUCUCUCCACAGCCUGGAGGCCUACCAAGUGCUGGUAUUCGACACAGUUUUCGUCAAUCUUGAUGGCCACUUCAACAUGUUCCAUGGGAAAUUCUUCUGCCAAAUCCCAGGAAUCUACUUCUUCAAUGUCAACAUUCACACAUGGAACUUCAAGGAGACGUACCUGCACAUCAUGCAGAAUGACACAGAGCGGGCCAUAGUGUACGCCCAACCCAGUGACCGCUCCAUCAUGCAGAGUCAGAGCCUAAUGCUAACGCUUGAGCUGAACGACGAGGUGUUUGUCCGCCUGUACAAGAGGGAAAGGGAGAAUGCGAUUUACAGUGACGACGUAGAUGUCUACAUCACUUUCAAUGGAUACCUCAUCAAAGCCAACACAGAGUGA